AUGAGUGGGAUAUUGGAGCUUUAUGAGAAGACAUCUGGUCAAAGUCUGAAUAAGCAUAAGACUACAAUUCUGUUUAGUCCAGCAGUUGGUGCAGAUGUGAGGGAUGGUAUUGUGAAAGAUUGUGGGGCUCAAUACAAAAUAACUGUGAAAAAGUAUCUAGGGCUUCCAAUUAUGGUUGUUGAGGCAAAGGUGGAGGAACUUCUUGAUGAUGGAAAUAGUGGGUGGAAUGUGGAGUUGGUUAAACAAGUACUUAAUAAAGAUGAAGUUGAUAUUGUGUGCAAACUGUCUGUUAGCUUUUCUAGUCUUCCUGAUAAACAAAUUUGGGCUUUCACAGAAAAUGGUAUGUGUAGUGUGAGAAGUGCAUAUCAUGUACAAGUAAACAGAAAAAGAAUGGAGAGUGGAGAAUUUUCUAGCAAAAUAGAUGAGGGAUGGGAAAAACUGUGGAAGCUGAAUGUUCUUGGGAUUAUAAAGGUCUUUGUUUGGAAGGCUAUUGCAAAUUGUCUUCCUAUAAAGAAAAAUCUUAUGAAAAGGAAAGUUACAAAGGAAGCUUUAUGUCCAAUGUGCAAGAGAUGUGAUGAAACAGUUUGUCAUGUCUUGUGGAGUUGCAGUGGCGCAAGUGAUGUCUGGGCAUGUGAAAGGAGUCCAGUGCAGAAUUGGUCAAGUAGUGAGAAUGAUUUUUUCGAACUCUGGUAUGAAGGGAUUUUAGCUCAGUUGGAAGUGAUGGCUGUGGUGCUGAGAAGACUGUGGUUGAGGAGAAAUGUCUUGGUGUUUGAUAACGGGUUCGAGGGACCUAAUGAGGUGUUUAACCAAGCUGUUGAUUGCUUGACUGAGUUUCAAUAG